AUGUCUACACUUGCCGCACCUUUGUCCGUAGCAGGAACCAGAUUUUCUGGAGCACCGGUUAGAACACAAAAUGUUAAUGCAGCAGCAGCUAUAGCCAACAUAGUAAAGAGUUCACUUGGACCAGUGGGGCUUGACAAAAUGUUGGUGGAUGACAUUGGAGAUGUCACAGUCACAAAUGAUGGUGCUACCAUCUUAAAAAUGUUGGAGGUGGAACACCCAGCAGCAAAGGUUCUGGUAGAGCUGGCCCAGCUUCAGGAUGAAGAGGUUGGAGAUGGCACCACAAGUGUUGUUAUCAUAGCUGCUGAGUUACUAAAGAAUGCCGAUGAAUUAGUGAAGAACAAGAUUCAUCCAACUAGUGUCAUAUCCGGCUACAGGCUUGCAUGCAAAGAAGCCGUAAAGUACAUUCAGGAUAACCUGACAGUCAAUGUGGAUACACUUGGCAGGGCAUCCAUCAUUAAUAUCGCCAAGACUACCAUGUCUUCUAAACUAAUUGGAGCUGAUGCAGACUUCUUUGCUGAGAUGGUGGUAGAUGCAGCACAAGCAAUUAAAACAACAGAUGCAAAAGGCAAUGCUUUAUAUCCCAUUAAAGCUGUCAAUAUUCUCAAAGCCCAUGGUCGGAGCGCACGGGAGAGUGUCCUUAUCAAAGGUUAUGCUCUGAACUGUACUGUUGCCUCGCAAGCAAUGCCGAAAAAGAUUGUUAAUGCAAAGAUUGCUUGUCUAGACUUUUCACUGCAGAAGACUAAGAUGAAACUAGGAGUUCAGGUCCUAGUCACAGAUCCAGAGAAACUAGACGCUAUCCGCGCUCGAGAACUAGACAUUACUAAAGAGCGUCUGAACAAGAUCCUAAGUACGGGCGUGAAUGUUAUCCUUUGCACUGGUGGCAUUGAUGAUCUUUGCCUGAAGUACUUUGUGGAGGCCGGUGCUAUGGGAGUCAGGAGGUGCAAGAAGGCUGAUCUAAAGAGAAUUGCCAAAGCCACGGGAGCAACCUACCUCACUUCUCUUACCAAUAUGGAUGGUGAAGAAGUAUUUGAACCAAGCAUGAUUGGUGAAGCUGCAGAAGUAGUACAAGAGGAGAUUUGUGAUGACCAACUUAUCCUUAUCAAGGGCCCUGCCGCCCGUACUGCAGCUUCUAUCAUUCUCCGAGGUCCCACGGACGCCUACUGUGAUGAGAUGGAACGGUCAGCUCACGACGCUCUAUGCGCAGUUCGACGAGUGCUAGAGUCUGGACGUAUAGUUCCCGGAGGAGGUGCAGUGGAAGCCGCUCUAUCUAUUUACCUAGACAACUUUGCUACUACACUGAGUUCUCGCGAGCAACUAGCUAUCGCUGCUUUCGCGCAGUCGCUGCUGGUGAUUCCGAAGACAUUGGCAGUUAAUGCUGCGCGUGAUGCAACCGACCUCGUAGCAAAACUGAGAGCCUAUCACAAUUCUUCACAAACCAAGGUAGAGCACGCGAACCUUAAAUGGGUGGGUCUAGACCUCACAGAGGGAACACUACGCGACAAUCUGGCUGCAGGAGUGAUAGAACCAGCAAUAUCUAAAGUCAAAUCCCUAAAAUUCGCAACAGAAGCGGCCAUCACCAUCUUGCGUAUCGAUGACAUGAUCAAACUGGACCCUGAGCCUAAGGGGAAUGAUAGAGAAGAUUACUAA